AUGUUCGUUCAGAAACUGACUCAUAAGAGCAUGCGGACCAGGUGCAUAGCAGUAUCCUUAAUACCAUGUCUUAUUGUUUCCUUGCAGGGGCCACUGUCAAACAGCCACCAUCCUAACCAAGAUCUUGAUAUUAAUAACAAUUCGAGGGAACACCCCUACUCGAUGGAGAUACUCGUAAACAGCCAUCCUGACCCAGUUUUUGAUAUUAAUAACAUUUUAACGGAGCACUCCUACUCGAUGAGGCUACUCGUAAACAGCCUCAACAGCCGUCCUGACCCAGUUCCCGAUAUUAAUAACAUUUUGACGGAACACUCCUACUCGAUGGGACCAUUCGUAAACAACCAUCCUGACCCAGUUUCUGAUAUUAAUAACAUUAUAACGGAGCACUCCUAUUCGAUGCAGAGACCAUCAAAUACCUAUGCACCUGUUCCACAUGCUCUUAUGAGUCAGUUUCUGAACGAACAUUCAUAUUGUAUGUACAGUGAACAACGGCAGAAGAAAAAAAAAGAAUUGGCCUUAAGAAAGAAAACAGCACCCAAAUCUACCGAUGCGACAUCAAACACUACUCCGAAUCCAAAAACCGGAAAAACUUAUGCGACGACUUUAAUAUUUCCAACUGACCCAUCAACACUCCAACAAGUACGAGAACCUCCUCCAGAAGCUGAACCACCACCAUGGCUUACACAGUUCCGGAAAUCUAUGAAUGGACUAGUACAGCAGCUUUAUCACCUUAAUAAAUUCAGUAGUGAACCUCGUUACCCAAAAAUGAGAGUAUACUCCAUUCUUAACUUCAAUUGUAACGGCCUGUCAGUCAAGAUAGAAGAAGUGGAAGCACUGUUAGCCAUCACUGAGCUCUCUAUUGCAAUCAUCACAGAUACUCGGACACUGGAUCGUCGCCCUUGCUUCCAGGGCUACUCAGUAGUCACUGAUGAAUCUUCUGAUCCUCAUGGAGGUCCACAACCACCCCACCUCAGACGACCUCCACCGCAUAUUAUGACGUUGAUCGAAUGUCGGCGAACAUUGAAAAAUAGGUGGUAUCGUACCAAGAACACCGAAGUUAAGAAAGUCUAA